AAUUCUUUCUCUUCUCUUCUCUUCUUCACUUGUCUCUUUGAUUUCCCUUUUCCACACUCCACUCUCUUUCUGCCUCACCAAAAAUACCCUCACCAAUCCAUGUCGUCGUCGGCGGGGGCAGAGGGGUCGUCCCGAUCGUCCCAGCAGCAGGCGCCGCUGAGCCGGUACGAGUCGCAGAAGAGGAGGGACUGGAACACGUUCGGGCAGUACCUGAAGAACCAGAGGCCGCCCGUGUCCCUCUCCCAUUGCAACUGCAACCACGUGCUGGAGUUCCUCCGCUACCUCGACCAGUUCGGCAAGACCAAGGUCCACCUCACCGGGUGCGUCUUCUUCGGGCAGCCCGACCCGCCCGCCCCCUGCACCUGCCCGCUCCGCCAGGCCUGGGGCAGCCUCGACGCCCUCAUCGGCCGCCUCCGCGCCGCCUACGAGGAGCACGGCGGCUCCCCCGACACCAACCCCUUCGGCAACGGCGCCAUCCGCCUCUACCUCAGGGAGGUUCGGGAGUCCCAGGCCAAGGCCCGCGGGAUCCCCUACAAGAAGAAGAAGAAGAAGAAGCAGCAGCAACUUGCCGCCAAGCUGCCGCUGCCGCUGCCUGGAGACUCUAAUAAGACGGCGGCUAAUCACCCGCUGCCGCUCUGA